CCCCUCUCCUCGGUCAGCUCAGCUCUCCAUGACCUGUCCAUAAGUUGCAUCUUUUGUUGAUUGCCCCACUGGACUUCCUCACGGCUAUGGUUUCCUCUGCUUCUCUCCCAAUGCGUCGCAUUGGCUUGGCUCUUGCCGCUGGGGUGGUCUUGUUUUCUGCGUUGGCUGUCGCUCAGGAUGCUAUCUCCGUCGGAGAGCUUUCCGCAGGGGAGAUCGAGGAUGAGCUGCAGAAAUGCCCCUUGGUCGAGUCUCUCAACGAGCAUAAGCGCGCCACGAGCCCCCAAACCACCAGCUUGAUGUCCAAGAUCUUCGCGGUCCUGUUCCCCGGAAGCCCAGCGGUCAAUGCGAUCCUGGCCACCAUCUACAUCUCUGGACCUCCCAACUUCCUUCUCGCCCUCUGCCCCCCAAACAUCGACCCCUCCUCCCUCUCCGUGAUGGUCGCCUUCGCCGUCGGCGGACUCUUGGGCGACACAAUCUUCCACCUCCUCCCAGAGAUCUUCCUGGGCGAAGACGCUCCCGACCACGUCCGCUUCGUGAUGGUCGAGCCGAACCGCAACCUCCUCCUGGGGCUCGGCAUCAUGGUGGGAUUCUUCACCUUUGUCGCCAUGGAUAAGGCUCUCCGCAUCGCCACCGGUGGCCAGGGGGGACACUCGCACUCGCACUCGCACUCGCACGAAGACAGCCAGAUCACAGAGGCCGCCAGCACCACCAGCAGCUCCGCCAGCAGCACCGCCAACUCCUCGACCGUGAAAAACCGCAAACCCGCCACCGCUGCUUCCCCAUCCUCCACCGCCCCCGCUACCACUACCCCCGAACCCACUACGAGCAUAAAACUCGGCGGCUACCUCAACCUGAUCGCCGACUUCACGCACAACAUCACCGACGGCCUGGCCAUGUCCUCCUCGUUCUACGCCUCGCCGACCAUCGGCGCCACCACGACCGUCGCCGUCUUCUUCCACGAGAUCCCCCACGAGGUCGGCGACUUCGCCCUGCUGAUCCAGUCCGGCUUCUCGAAGCGCAAGGCCAUGGGCGCGCAGUUCGUCACGGCCAUCGGGGCGUUCCUGGGCACCUUCAUCGGGAUCGCGGUGCAGGAGCUCGGGGGAAACUCUGCUACUGCUGCUUCUGCUGCUGGCACCACCUCCUCUGCGCCAACGGCAGGCCUCCUCGGCACGAGUCUCACCUGGGGCGAUAUGCUCCUCCCCUUCACGGCGGGGACGUUCCUGUACGUGGGCACCGUGUCGGUCAUCCCCGAGCUGCUGGAGACGAGCGGCAAGGACAAGCGCACGGAGGUGAAGCACAUGAUCACCCAGUUUUUGGCGGUCGCGGCGGGCGCGGGCAUUAUGUUGUGGAUCUCCUGGGAUUGAGGUUCUGGGAACAUAGAUUAGAGAUGUGGGAAGGGUUAAGUGAUGAGGGGUAUUGUAUCUUUUAGAUCAUGCUCGCUUUUGGAUGUUUUAGGUGUUGACCUGUAAAAAUUUAAUAUUAUGAGAUAACAGUGCAUG